CGUCAUGUCUGGAAGCAACUGACCCUAGGGCCCAUGAGCAGACAGUGUGAUUUCCCUCCGCGUGCUGAACCUUAAAAUAGUUCAAUAGGUGCCUCAAAAUCCGUUUUCAGAGGUUAACAGGAGGCAAUAAAAUACUGGAAGUUAUAGUACUGAAACUACGACGUGAUGUACCCCAUUUUAAUUGAGUUAAAAUUUGAUUUGUAGGUCUGUGCAUCUCUACUUCAGUGGUGCCGCUUCAGCCGUUUCAAAUGAAUUACCCCGCAUGCCGUUAACAGAUAAGUUGACGCACAUUUUCCUAAUCAUGACACCUGAGUAUUGAAAGUAGUCUUCAAGUAGUGUUUCGAGGCAGGCAGACAGAUAUUUGACACAUCCCAGCGGGUUCCUGUCCAAUAAUAUGGCCUUUUCUCUGAAAGAAGACCUGAGGCUCCUUGACCACUGGCAUACAGGCUCUCAAGCCCUGCCUACAUGCAGCAAUGGUGAUAUCUUCCGCCGAAUUAACAAUAUGUUGGGCAACUCUCUGGACCUCACUGGGGUGUGCACUACACCCACAAACCACAAGGGGGAGCGUGUCCAUCACCUGUCAGAUGGGGAUUUUGCAGCGAUGGGUAGCCCUAUAGGCAGCAAGGUUCCUUGCCCCUCCAUAGCCCAGGGCUCUACGCUCCGUGGUGGUGGCCUGUCUGAUCUCACUCAGCUGGGCCUGGGGCUGCAGUCGCUCAACCUAGCCUGCUGGGAGCAGCCCUCCGCUACCAUGGAGCCUCCGUCACACACCAACUCGCCCUCCAUGCUAGGCAUGCUGGGUAGCCCACUGGGCCAGCCUCUGGAACCUCUGGGCACCACAGAUCUGCUGGCGAUGUUCCCUGGGCUGAGUCAGGGUGGAAAUCCCCGCGUGGAGGGGCGCUCCUUCCUGGACUCGCGCUGCAGCAGCCCGGCCGACUCUGAAACCAGUGGCUUUAGCUCCGGAUCAGACCACCUCUCUGAGCUGCUGUCUUCUCUGCGGAUCUCCCCGCCCCUGCCCUUCAUGAUGCCGGGGGUACAACAGAGGGACCCCCACAUUCUAGGCACAGCCGUUGGCUGUUCUCGCCUGGACCUCCACAACAACAACUCUGCUCUCAGCCCUGAGCCCCCCACCCUAAAGGGCCAAAGCUACUGUGGGGUGCCCCUGGCCAAGUGCUUGCCCCAGGCCUCAGUGUGGCCCAGCUGGGACUUGCUGGAGGAGCCCCAGAAGCCCUUCAACAUCGAGAGGGAGGCUCGCCUGCACAGACAGGCUGCAGCUGUGAACGAUGCCACCUUCACAUGGAGCGGCCAGCUGCCUCCUAGGAACUACAAGAACCAAGUGUACUCAUGUAAAGUGUUCCUGGGCGGUGUGCCAUGGGAUGUGACUGUAGCCAGCCUGGUCAGUACGUUCAGCGUGUACGGACCUCUGAGUGUGGAGUGGCCGGGUAAGGAUGGGAGGCACCCACGCUGCCCACCCAAAGGUAAUAUGCCUAAAGGCUAUGUGUAUCUGGUGUUUGAGAGUGAGCGGUCUGUCCAUGGGCUGCUGCAGGCUUGCACCCAGGACCUGCUCCACAAGGAUGACUAUAGGGAGUAUUACUACAAGAUGUCUAGCCGAAGGAUGCGCUGCAAGGACGUGCAGGUAAUCCCUUGGGUGCUGGUUGACAGUAACUUUGUGCGCUGCCCGUCCCAGCGGCUGGUCCCCAGUAAGACUGUGUUUGUAGGCGCGCUGCAUGGCAUGCUCAAUGCAGAGGCCCUGGCCUUCAUCAUGAACAACCUCUUCGGAGGGGUCAUGUACUCUGGCAUCGACACGGACAAACACAAGUACCCCAUAGGGUCGGGACGUGUGACCUUCAACAACCAGAGGAGCUACCUGAAGGCUGUGAGCGCUGCCUUUGUGGAGAUCAAGACUCCAAAGUUCACCAAAAAGGUUCAGAUCGACCCCUACUUGGAGGACUCCAUGUGCCAAGUGUGUAACCGACAACCAGGGCCCUUCUUCUGCAGAGACCUGGCCUGCUUCAAAUACUUCUGCCGCUCUUGCUGGCACUGGCAGCACUCCAUGGACGUGCUCCGCAGCCACAGGCCUCUCAUGAGAAACCAGAAGCGCCUGGACUGCAGCUAAGCUGCCUGCCAUGGCAACACUCCAGGGGCUCCAGAGAUCCCCCACAGGAGCUGGAGCCAGGAUGAGGGAUAGGCUAACCACAGGAGCCCCAGAGCCUGUUAUCCCCCUCAACAGGGCCCAGGGGAAGAACCACUAGGAAUAUUCACUACUGCACUGUGCUCUCUUUUCGCAGUUUACUUGUUUUCACUAAUGGCCCUUAUGCACAGUAAAGGGUUGGAGUUAUUGAGACAACUAUUAUAAUUCAGGGCAGGACAUUAAAAGGCAUCCAUAGAUGUUCCUCUCCCUAGAUUUGAGUUGAUUUUGUUGUUGAUCCUUAACUUGAUAUAUUUCAGGUCCCAUUGUUCUUCAUCGCAGAUGCCAGACUGUGCCUUUUUUAUUUUAUUUUAUUUUUUGACCAUCCCACCACACCUACCAAAAUUCCUCAGAGGUAGAUGUUUUUGUUGGGGGGGUGAGGAGUUUGGGAAUCAGUUGUCCAGUAGCGUACCUUGAUAUUUUUACGCAGGUAUUUUACACAUUUUUACUCAUGGUUUUAAGUCCUAAAAUGGUAACUUAAUAUAAUAUCUACUUGACUGCUUUUUAAUUUCUUUUUGGCUGAUUUUAGUUUUUGCCCCUUCAAAGUAAUUACCUGGGGCUGUCGGUUUGUACAUUAGAGUUUUUUUUACAAAUAUGAAGUGGUUGAAGCCUUUGCUCUGCCUAGCUGUCGGUGCUCCAGCAUUUUUAGCCAUCCAUUGCCAGAUGCUGACCAGUCAAACCAACAGGCUUUCAACUAAUGAUCAGAUAAUAUGGAAAUAACACUGGAACGAACCUAGAUCUCGACUGUACAUAGUUUUAAUCAACUUACUGUUGUACUUUUUGAUUUGCAUUUGAGAAAAGGUUUGACUUGUUUUUUUAAUCACCUGUUAUCUUUUUUCAGCAGGACAGAUGUCAUCGGAAGUGUUUUUCUUAGCCGGUUUGUUCCUGUUGAAUUUAGAACUAACUUUGCUAGUAUGAUGCGACCAAACAUGGCUUACCUCCCCAUACCCUUCUCCCACCCCUUUUGUUGUCAUUGGAGGCUCUUCCAAAGACCUAUUGUCAUCCCUCUUUUUCUUUCUUUUUUUUUGAUCAAGUUUCUUGUGCUGCUUUUUAGGGUUUGAAAGUCUACCUCAUUGGUUUGCUAAUGUUGCUGCUGUUGCCUACAGGUGUGGAGGGCGUUCUGAUUGCACAAUAAAGGUGUUGAAGCAUUA